UGUUCUUCUUCGACAAGAGACAAAUUUAUAUACCACUUUUUUUAUUCAGUUCAAGAUUUUACACCAAAUUAGUAUUUGUUUCAAAUCAAUAUUGCAAAGAAAAAGAAUAGUACGAAUGAUAUACAUACAAGAAGACAGGAGAGAGAGAGAGAGAGAGAGAGAGAGAGAAUACAAAUUGAAAGAAGCGUAGCCUAUAUAUCCACUAUACACCAUUAGCAAAUUGGCAAAUAUAUACCAUACCGCUACUACUAUUACUCUUCCAUAUUUCAUUGGUAACAGUAUUUCUUUGCAGGCGCCGUCCUCCCUUUUUUCCUCUGUCCCCUCAAUCUCCCAUACCUUUUUUUUCUUCUCUUUCUACCAUUUGAAAACAGCUAGCUUUCUCCAUAUAUAUCGAAGCAAAAGAGUUUGAGGAAUAUUCAUAUAUAUGAACAUGUUGGACUAUACACAACAUCUUCCUCAGUGGCUUGGUGCACUUUUGUCUGAGAAAUUCUUUAAUGCUUGCAUAAUUCAUGAAGAUGCUAAGAAGAAUGAGAAAAAUGUCUUCUGUUUGGACUGCUGUGAGGGUCUUUGCCCUCGUUGCUUGAACACUCACCGUUCUCACCGCCUUUUGCAGAUUAGGAGGUAUGUGUAUCAUGAUGUUAUAAGGCUUGGUGAUGCUAAUAAAUUGCUCGACUGUGGGUUUGUUCAAUCCUAUAUUACAAACAGUGCAAAGGUGAUAUUUUUAAACCAAAGGCCACAAAUGAGGGCUAGUAGAUACUCAGGUAAUUGCUGCAUCAUCUGUGACAGAGGCCUUCAAGAUCCAUUUCUCUUUUGUUCAGUUUCUUGCAAGGUUCAACACAUACUGAAAACUGAGGGGGAACUUACGAAGUAUAUUUACAGGUGUACCUACAUGACACUGCCUGAACCGGGCUUAGAUGAUGGUCAAAUGACUCCUGAUACUAUUCUUGAACCGGUUGGUUCGACUAGAUCCGAGUCCGGUUCAAGUGGAGGAGAGGUGGGGUGUAGGGCGGUUUUAUGUACUGCUGCUACUGAGAUUGUAAGGAAGAAACGCAGUACUCUUUCGGCUUUCCGGUCUGUGUUUCGACCGGCUUGUGGACCGGGUUCAGGGAUGAACCGGAGGAAGGGGACGCCUCAGCGGUCACCGCUUUACUAAUUGUGUUUACUUUUGGAGAGAAAUGAAAGUAGGGAGGGGUAUAAUUGGAAAUUCGAUAGCAUAUUUGAAGGGCAAUUUAGGAAGAAAAGAAAAUUGACCUCCCAAUUUUGUAGAAUUGGCUUCUUUUUCUCCAUUUAUCUGACUUGUUGAAGCUAUAUUUCUAUCUGACAUAGAGAAUUCAAAGUGAAUAUGAAGGAAUUAGUGUCAAUUUUAUGAAAUUACUGUAAUGGUUAUAUCUAACUUUUGGUGAUAUUAAUGCUUUUUUUGUCGAUGUAAUUCAAUGAUUAGUCUUGAUUUGUUC